AUGGAAACGCAGGUCAGAGAAAAUCUCUGCCGCCAAAAGGAGUCGAAUGAAAGUUUCCAACACGGACCACUGGUGUUUGCCGGCUCCUCGGAACAGGACAUAAAUUUGGCUAAGCAGUUCUGGUUUUCAGCGUCGCUGUAUCCUCAUAACGAAUCUCAGUUGGUGCUGCUCAGGGGUAGCAGGCAGCCUGUGACGCGGCCUUCUGGUGGCGGUGUGUCAGAAAGUAUAAGAGUUGAGGAAGCCCUAAAGAUUCAGGAAUCUGAGGAAAAACUGAAGUAUCUCCAAAAGUCAGCUUAA